AUGCUGUUAACAAGGCGUAGCAUCAAACAUAGCUUAAAUCGGUGCAACUUAUCUGGUGCUUUCGCUGGUCGAAUCCCAAUCACGACCACCAGCAGUCGACGAAGCAUCUCAACUCCUAGCCAACCACCACCAAACCAAGUGAUUUUCUCUGGAAUUCAGCCAACAGGUAUCCCGCAUCUUGGGAACUAUCUCGGAGCUCUACAACAAUGGGUAAAGCUCCAAAACACGGCAGCUCCGUCUACCAAACUCCUCUAUUCGAUAGUUGACUUGCAUGCUAUUACCUUGCCGCAAGAUGCGCAGAAGCUAAGGCAAUGGAAGAGGGAGGGUCUGGCCACGUUGCUGGCUAUUGGCCUGGAUCCUGAGCGGUCGAUUUUGUUUCAUCAAUCGUCUGUUUUUGCUCACACCGAGCUGAUGUGGAUCCUUAGCUGUACGGCUUCCAUGGGAUAUCUCUCUCGCAUGACACAGUGGAAAAGCAAGCUUUCAUUGACGGAUGAUACGUCUCCCCUCGAGGAGAGCGCUAAGUCAAAACUUAAGCUUGGGUUAUUUUCAUAUCCUGUGCUUCAAGCUGCAGAUAUAUUGGUUCAUAGGGCAACACAUGUUCCCGUUGGGGAAGACCAAAGCCAGCACUUAGAAUUCGCGCGCGAGUGCGUAACGAAUUUUAACCACGCAUAUGGGCCCCAUCUAAUAGCACCAAAGACCAUCAUGUCUCCUGCCAAACGAGUCAUGUCUCUACAAGAACCACAUCUCAAAAUGUCCAAAUCGCAUGUAGACCCCCGGUCAAGAAUCCUGAUUACAGACACACCUGAAAUAAUCUACAAAAAGCUCAUGUCCGCAUUAACUGACUCCACAAACUCUAUUUCAUAUGACCCAGUGGCUCGCCCAGGAGUAUCCAAUCUACUCGAGUUGCUGUCACAUUUCGAUGCCGAGGGGAGGGAUGCACAGAAGCUUGCAGUCGUGUAUGGAGAUCUUGGGCUAGGCCAAUUCAAAAAGGUGGUAGCUACGACAAUAUCGGAGAGCCUUGCGGGCAUCCGUGAAAAGUAUGCGCAGGUGCUAAAUCAGGAUGGCGGGGCUUAUCUUGAUCAUGUAGAGAGAGAGGGCGCGAGAAGGGCGAGGGAGAAUGCCAAUGCAACUAUGGCUAUAGUGAGAGAAGCGGUUGGUUUGUCGGAUCAUUCUGUAUUAUAG